AUGCGAAAGAGAAAUCGUGAGUUCAAUUUUCAGCGACAGGAAAUCGCAAAAGGCAUCAAUUUCAGAAAAUCGCUCAAAAGGUUCUCAAUUCUCUCCAAGAAGCAACGAACUGCCCGGAAUGUCCCCGACGGAGGUCGUCCUGAAGCACGCCGCCGCCUCUGCUCCGACCGGUAAGCACCGCCCCAAUUUUCAGCGACAGGAAAUCGCAAAAGGCAUGAAUUUCAGAAAAGCGCUCAAAAGGUUCUCAAUUCUCUCCAAGAAGCAACGAACUGCCCGGAAUGUCCCCGACGGAGGUCGUCCUGAAGCACGCCGCCGCCUCUGCUCCGACCGGUAAGCACCGCCCGUGUUUGUGUCCCUGGGAGCACCGGGAGUUUUCCGAGGGUCCGGCGGAAUCGAAUCGGAAAAAACUUGUCGGUUUUCUGAGAAAUGAUGAAUAUUCACGUGACCUCUACACGUAGCAAAAGGCCACGCUCUUUUUUUCUUCCACGCCGAACUUCGGGGGGAUUCUAGAAGGUUAUCGCGGCGAAGUGCCCCUCUGUCCAACGGGAUUAGCCUCACGGUCCCUCUUCGCCAACCAUCUGACAUUUGUGUUUCAGGUAAAGCGCUCCAGGACUUUGCCGUCAACAUGCAAGCGGCCGCCCGUGUCUCCAACGGACUCGCCCUCCAGUCGGCACUCAUCGACGGAUUCGUCCCGCCCGACAAAGUCAUCUCCGAACUGCUCCGCUUCGGAUCGAUGACGCCGAAGGAAGUGAUGUAUCUGGAUGUCGCUGGACUCAAAAACCAGACGGAGCAACUGAAGGGAAAGUCUGCGAAAUUGAAGGAAACGGGGGAAACGAAGAGCUUCGAGGACAAACUCGCCCAAAUGAACGAGAUCCGGACGAGUAAACUCAGCAAGGAAACCAUUCGGAAUCUGCCUGAGUUCGUGAAAUACCAGAACGACCUGCAGAACGUGACUCAGAAGAAGGUUGACCUGCUGUUUUUGGAGGAUUUUACAACCGCGACGGAUGAAUUGCUCAGAGAGCUCAGCAAAGUGACGAAAAUGAAGUCAGACUCGGAUAAUUCGAAAAUAGAUUACGACACUGCAGCGUUGAUAUCAAUCAAACAAAAAUUGAUUGCCGUUGAGACUGGUGCAAAAGACUUCCAAACCAACGUGAACAACGUCAAGAAUCUCGGAAAUCUGGGAAAAGGAGGCACAGCUCUGGCGCCGUUGAUCAACGAGAGGGAGAUCAGAGACAAGCUCAAACAUGACCCUUUGCCAAGCAUCGGAAAUCCGGACAUCAAGAAUAACAUCGAGACAUUCAAAGACAUAAUCGACCUCUUCAACGUCGGAUUCCCCGUGGAGAAGAUCGUGGAGUUCGCGGCCAACCGUCUGUCGAAGCAACUUCCGAAGGCCCAGCACACUGACGGAUUCCCGCACGGGCUGGCCGACAUGAAGAAAAUGUCCGACGAUCUGCCACGUGUCGUCCCGAAGUCCGCCUCCGAAGUCGCGAAAGGACUGCUCCCACUCAACAGAUUCGAGGAGAAAGUCGAGAAAGUGGAGGACGAACUGCAGAAGAUCGGUGAUGUUCAUCUGAAAGCCGCGGAAACUGUCGCCACAUCCAAAAAUGGGACAACCGAGCAGGCAGCCAAGGAAAGCAUUCGAAAUGCGAAGUUGACCGAUUUCGAAACGUGCCACAAACAUCUCGAAUCAGCUUCUUUCAAUUCUUCCAAAACCGAUUUCAACGACAUCUUCAGCAAAAUCAAUUCGUUGGAUGAUAUUGUGAACAAACUUGGCUCGUUCGGAUCUGUCGAUGGUGUGAAGGACUUGUCGAUUCUGAAAGCUGCUGUAACCUUCAAAGGAACAGACGACGCAUCGAAGGCUGCUGAGACUCCGGGCAUGGUCACGAAUCUGAAGAUCACUCCCCAGCUGAAUUCCACUAUUUCCACUCUCGAUGGCCUGCAGAAACAGCUCGAACCUCUCUCAAAACUGGUCCCUUUUGCGAACAACAUCACCGCCGGUCUUCAAGACAUACAAACGUAUCAGACGGAGUUGGCCAACUCUGGAUACGCGGCCUUCUACGAUUGUUUGCACGAGAUCGGAGAAGACGGCGAGCUGGUGAAAAGUAUGGUCGACGUCAUCAAGCAGUUCCGCAACGACCCGAAUGCUCCGAUAUUCGCCGAACUGCAGAACCUUCUCGAUAUCGUGCAGAACGCGCAGGGCGUGUUGGAGCCAGCUCGGCAGGCGGGAACGGGAAUCAAGGGGAACACGGACGCGGACGCGACUGCUCUGAAGACGGCGCUCCCGGAUGCUCAGCAAGUGGCCCACAACAUCACACGCGCUUCGCAGGGAAUCGAUCAGAUGGUGCUGGCCGGCGGGAAGAAAUCGGAGCUGGAGGCGUUGAAGAAGAUGGUCGGCGGCAUCAGUAAGCAAGUGAGCGCAGUUUUGAGCUCGGACACCACUUCCGCCGCACAUCUGGUCGUUCUCGACGCUCUACAGACGUCGUUGAACGGCAUCUGGCAUGGUAUCGGAAAGGUCGAGACGGCCCUGAGAAGGGCGAACUUGACCGACGGACUCUCGACGUAUUCAUCCGCGUUGAGGGCUGCCAGCAAGAUCCCUUCGAUUGAUUUCAACGCGAGGAAGAUCAGGGAGACCCUCGAGUCGCUCGUGCAACGGAACGCUUAUCUCAAGACCUCUCUGGACCCGAUCUUGCGCAGUCUGGGCAAGUUGGAACCGCUCGAUCUGAACUUUGCCAACUACAAAUUCUCGGAGGCGAUCGCCUCGUGCAAGGCUCUCGACAACUUCCACGUGAAGCACGCGAAGGCCGUCUCCAACUCGUCUCGUGACGCGCAAUACAUACAAAACCAUCUCAAUCUCAUCAAUCGUACCCAACUUCCACUGACCAUUACUGUCAUGGCGAGUACUUCAAGUUUAAUGCAGUAUAUGUAAGAAAAAACAUGGUGUAUAUCAAUGAUUAUUUGUCUUUCAGAAUUGGCGGUCUUUCAUUACUGGUAGCUAUUUUGUUUGGUUCAGCGCUUUUAUUCCUGAGCAAAUGGAAAAAAUGGUGUUGUUUCGCUCCAACCAUUUACAACUACAUAAAUGGAACGUUCAAAUAUGUGAUGGAACGAAAUGUCGAAUGUGAGAAAAUUUCUAAGCCAACAUUGACGAAACGAUAAACCAUUUCAGUGACUGAGAUUGAAAAAGCUCAAGUCAAAAAGCUUACAUCGCUUGUUCACGAUGCACUCAAUGCUGUUCACAAAAAAAUUGAGGAACGCGGCCUGAGCCCGGUUGGACACGGUAUUGAAAUUUUGAGAGCUUUAAACGAGGGACAAACAACACAAACCGCCGUGGGAAAUGCGAACGAGAUAAGGUGAGUCCGAUUAGUGGGCUACAUGCAAUCUCAAAUGUUCAGGUACUCAACAAUUCCCUGCCGCGCUGAUACGAUGGUGAACAUUGCGGGUUGUGGUCUGGAUAAUGUGUUCAUCCAUGCGAACGAGAUGUUCAUUGACAAAAGAAUGCACAUCAUGGCAAUGGUGAGCUCACAAAAAUGUCGUUUUUUUUUCAGUUUUCAUCGAAACUUUUUCUCAGGCUCCCACUAAGAACUCUGUCCAUAAAUUCCUGCUGAUGAUCAAAAAGCAUCAAGUCAAACUUGUUGUCCAAUUGUGUAGUUUCUGGGAGGAUAAAAAGGAAAAGUGUCUGGAAUACUUCGACGUAAAAUUGGAAGAAACGAAAAGCUGGCCUAGUAAAAAACCACGAGUGGAGGUGAAAGCAGUCUCUCUAAACGAGAAGGUGUCUGGUUUCUCCGUAGACAAGGAAAAGUACGGUUUGUACUCUAUCGAAGUGAUGGACAAGUUGGUGACAUUAUUAAGAGCAGUAAUCGCAGUAAUUCUUAUUGCAGGUUGGCCAAUACGAAGUUCACGUUCAAGGUGCUCAAGUACACCGGUUGGACUGACAUGGGAGUUCCGAAUUCGGAAGUGCCAGCUUUGGAAAUAUGCGAUUUUAUGGAUUCACCGGACUACCGGAAUUCUCCUGUUCUCGUUCACUGUGCCGCCGGAGUCGGUCGUACUGGAACUCUUCUCUCCAUCAAAAACGGUCUCUAUCAGCUUCAGCAAAACAACAGCUUGAAAUUCACAUCUAGUUUGUUCUAUUUUUGUCGAAUAGUCGAAAAAAAGUCGUAUUACAGUAGCCGAAGCGACGCGUAACGCGCGCAUGAAAACGCUUCAGACAGAGUCCCAAUAUUUUUACAUGAUGAAGGCAAUCUGCAAAAGAAGGAUGGAUGUAAGCAAUAUUUUUUGAACUUUUUUUUAGUUAGUUUAACGUUGUGUUCAGCAGCUCCAUAUCGCCUACUUUGACGGUUACGAGCAAAUUUGCUAUUUCUUGAAUAAAAAAUACAUCAGAGAAGUGAAGAGCGGUUCGAAAGACAAGAAGAAAAAGAAGAAGCCGAAAAAUAAGGAGAAGUGCGAUAUCAGUGAGUACGGACACUAUAUGAACAAAAAAAUCAAAGCGAACGAUAAGAGAGACUUGGCGUUGUAUGUGAAGCAACAGGAGAACUUGUUCACGAAGGUUUUCAAGCCGAAGGCUGACGAGUGGUUGUACACGGGAUCGCAGGAUAUGAAAAACGUUGUGGAAUCGGAUUUGAACACACCGAAUACUGCUUCCAAAUCGGGUUUGAACACACCGAAUACUGCUUCGAAAUCGGCCAACUGA